AGAGAGAGAGACACAGUCAGAGAGAGAGAGAGAGAAACACAGAGGGGAAGAGCUGAGCUGGGGUGAUAUAUGAGGAUAGAAGCAGAACAACAAACCACAGGUCAGUGACAGAAAGAGAGCGAGAAAGAGAGAGAGAGAGAAAGGGCAAAUACUGUGAGAGAGGUACCAAAACAGACAGAGACAGAGGGUUAGAGUUUGUGUGUGAGAGAGUGAGAGAGAGAGAGAGAAAGGACAAAGACUGAGCGAAAGAGCAAAACAGACAGUGAGAGAGAAAGAAGGAAAGAGUGUGUGAGAGUGAGAGAGAAGGAGGACAAUACCCUCUCAGGGGCGUGUCAACAACAAUUAGUUCCUCAAGGAAGUAGAAGCCUGAGUUUAUCGCGAAGUCGAGUCGGCGGUAAGCUAACGGCAACCCCGCCGCUCCGCGGACUCUCCUCUGGAUUCCCGCCUUCCCGCUGCCGAAAGCGCCGAGACCGAACACCUGACCCCCCCCCCCCCGAACGCCGUCACCCCCCCCGACCCCGCCUCGAUCGAACGACGCGCGCACCUCAGCCGGAGAGGGCAGCAGCCCGCGGAACAAACUCGGCCCACUGCUUCAAUGGAGUCCUUCAGCUCUAAGGACAUGGCCAUGAAGGCCCAGAAAAAGAUCCUGAGCUCCAUGGCCAGCAAGUCCAUGGUGCAGAUGUUCAUCGACGACACGAGCAGCGAGAUCCUGGACGAGCUCUACCGCGUCUCCAAGGAGCACUCGGGCAACAAGCCCGAGGCCCAGAAGGUGGUGAAGAACCUGAUCAAGGUGGCGGUGAAGAUCGGCGUGCUCUACCGCCACAACCGCUUCAGCGCCGAGGAGCUGGGCCUGGCCCAGGACUUCAAGAAGAAGCUGCACCAGGGCGCCAUGACGACCAUCAGCUUCCAUGAGGUGGACUUCACCUUCGACAAGGCGGUGAUGGUGGACAUCCUGACGGACUGCCGGGACACUCUGCUCAAGCUGGUGGAGAAGCACCUGACGCCGAAGUCCCUGGGCCGCAUCAAGCACGUCUUCAACCAUUACGCCGACCCGGACCUCCUGACCCACCUGUACGCCCACGAGGGGCCGCUGCGCCCCCACCUCACCAAGAUCUGCACCGGCCUCAACAAGCUGGUGGAGGAGGGCAAGCUAUGAGCCGGGACGUCCCGGGUCAGAGACUGCAGGGAGGGGGGCGUGGCCAAAAAGGGGGCUACGUUCGAGGACCCUGAGGUGAGAAGGAGUUCCUCCCUUGCCUUAAAAUGUGGGGGAAAUUCGCACAACAAAAGACAAACAAAAAAUAAAACGUGGCAAGCUGGAUCCGUCCCGUCUGUCAAAUGCAAGCCCCGCCCACCAUCAUUAUGAUCCUCCCACAGAAACGCCCUUAGCAGGAAGUGAAGAGGGGCCACUCUCGUUGCUUGGGGAAAAAGACGGUACCAAGUGAGGUCGCAGUUUUUUGGGAAAACGGACAACUGUCAGCAUUACUGUUUUCAGGAACCACUGUGAGAGUUUUUUUUUAUGUGUCAGAUUGCCUGUUUUUCUUUCUUUAUUCGAGCGGUGAAGUCCGUGUUCUACCAUUAGAGCUCCGAGCAUAAGAACAAUUUUACUGAGGUUUACAACCUAACCUUAAAAGGACUAAUUUCCUACAGCCAUCAUGCGUCACACAGGAUCCCCCAUUUGUUUCGCAUGUGGACCGGCAGAAGGAACUUGGCAAAGGAGAUGGAGCAACUUUGGCUUUGUUAAGGAAGAAAUGCUAAAUUUUUAUAGUUUUGAACGGUAUUUCAUUGGAUAUUGUUGCAGCCAGGGUGGAUUUCAAUGUACUGUUAGUGUGCCUGAGUUAUAAAGCCCAGUUUUACCAUUUAACAUCAAUGGGUCAUAUUUGCCAAAUUAAAUGUUUACGUAUGACAGGGGUGUCCGACUGGAGCCCGCUACAGUGCCUGCACGUUUUCGCGGUUUCCUCUGCACAGGCAGGAAAUCCAGGCCUCGGAAACCGGAUAUGUUGACACUCGCGCCAAUCAUUGCCAUAAAUGAAUCACUCAAACAAACCAAAACAAACCAAAAACCAGCUGGCCAUGCAGACCUCCAGGCCUGGAGUUUGACACCCCUGAGCUAUGAGAAGCUCUAAGAACUAACUGAACCGCACCGCCCUCUAGUGUUACAAUUAAGUGUUGCAACAAACAUGUUCACAUCUGCAGGGUUGCUAAAAAAGCCAGGCUGCUUAUCAUUCCAACCAAUUACUUCACCUGCUGAUUUUACCAAUUCGCGCACCUUCAACCAGAGAGGCGGGAACUAAUUAGUGAAAUCAGCAGGUGCAGUGAUAGGUUGGAAUGGAAACCCUCCAUGCCACAUGAUUGGACACCACUGUUUUAGAGAAUCCAAUAGACAGAAAAGUGACUGUUACCCAGAGAUCAGUUUCAAGUACAUUACUGCACACACAUAAAGAUAAAUAAAUAAAUGGUUAAAUGGUUAAUUAAAACCCUGUCAGUUUAUUUUAUCUUGGCCAUUACUUUCUUUCUGCUGUGCCAUGGGAAUAGAACAAAUCCAGAGCUACUCUGCAGACUGUAAGAAUGAAACUCCAGUCUUAUGAAUGAACCAUUAAGAUGUAUUCCCUCAGAACUGAUGAAAUGCAAUUUGUCAUCACAGCCCGAAUAUUUUGCAUCAAACGCAACAGCCUGUCGUGAUAACCCACGAUUGCUACAAUUUGGCCUAAAUUACAAACUCAAAAAGGUCAGAGCAGUUGCUAAUGCUAUUAGCUGAAUUUACUGUUAAGACUGCGAGGACACAGUAUUUUAAAACUUGUGCUACAAGGCUUACCUCCCCUGUAAUAAAGUUAAAUUCUCACUGAG